AUGUCCAAGGAAGAACAAUCACUUGGACCUCUUUAUCCUAUAAAUUCGGUUACAUAUCCAGACAGAACUAUAGUCAUUCGAUUGUCAAAUAGAUUAUCAUGUCCAGAAAAACCGACAAUUUUUGCGCUUCGUUUUGUGUAUCCAAAUGGUACUUUGAUUGCAAAGAAUUUUGAAAAUAUAUUUUCAACAAUUAAUUUCUGCCCUACAAAUCGAAUAGAUAAUUAUCUUUUAAUAAGAUAUUGGAGAGUUCUAGAUGAUUCGACAACUAUUAUUCAAUAUGCGGGACUUAUUAUUUCUAUUGAUGGAAUUGUAAUUGAGUCCCAGCUUCUAUUAAGUGAUGCACUUAAUAUUGUGAAUACGACAUACUUUUUAAAUCAUGUUUCUACUUUGAGCAUUGGACAGAAAGGAAUUCUUUACGCUUCAGUUGGUAUUUUAAAAUCGCCAUCUAAUUUUCAGUUAGAUGAUUUCAAGCUUUUCACUACAAUUGAGGGAGGAUUUGGUUUAGUUUAUUCUGUUAGUCUAAUUACCAUCGAUAAUAAUACUUUACCAAAUCCGACCACUGCCAUUCUUUAUAUGACCUCUUUACAUUUAAGUCAAGAUAAUUUUUCCACACCUUCAAUAAUAUAUCAAAUAACUGAUCCUCAAGCAAAGAUUAACAUUAAAUCUUGUCGACCGAAUUAUUUAAGUGUUGGUUAUGCUUGUUUCAUUAGUGUUAAUGCUCCAGCAAAUAACAUAGCUGGAAUAUCUGAAUUGAAUUUUUGGAGAUUAAUUUCAUUUUUUUCUACUGGAACAAUUAUUUCUACUGUAGAUUUAGUGAAUAAUUUGGUUAAUAGUUCAAACACCAUUAUUAUUAAUUAUACUUCUGCAUCUUCUUUAUAUUAUGGAGGUUACUUGAUGUCAGGAAGAAAUACUUUAAAAUUAAUACAAGGCUCAAUAUAUGACAACAAUGAAAAUUUUAUUCAAGAUUGGGGAAUACCUUCUUCGGCAAACGUGACAAAUUUUAAUAUGUUAAAUAAUAAUACAAUAUGGGCAGUUUCUCCUUCAGAAGAUUAUUUGGGUGGAUCUUGGAAUUUAUAUUUUAAUGACUUACCAUCUUUUUAUGAUAGCGUUUACUUGAAUUCCGUAAUCAACACAACUUUACCAUCUAUCAAUAGUACAAUACCUUUGGCUAUAACAUCUAUUAAUAUCAAUUAUAAUCUUAAUGUUACUGCUUCGUUACAAAAUAUAUCUAUAUAUCAACGUACUAAUACUAAUUCAGGGGUAAUAGAUAAUCUUCGACAAACAUUGUUCGCUUCUUCACCAAAUGUUCAUUUCGUUAAUGGAUUUGAAGUAUUAAUAGAUGUUUUAUCAUGUGCUUUUAACCAACAAGGAGAAGAAUAUUUUGUGACAAUUGAUGAUAAUUUUGCAAUAUUGAGUAAUUCCAAUGAACCAAUAUUUGGUAUAAAAAAUGGAACUUGGAUAUUUAAAACAGUAUCCGGAUUCAAUAAUUCUUUUACAGACGAUAUAAAUGUUAUUGUUCGUCUUUCCACUGAUGCUUCAGGAUAUUUCAGAAACCUUAAUGACACUGAAAGAUCUUACUUUUUGGAUGAAAUGAGAACUGCUUUUUCAAAUGUGAUUCCGAUAGAUUCAUCUAGAUUGUUUAUAACAAAACGUUAUCAAUUUGAUGGAUUAAACGAUCGUAAUAAAAUAUUGUUAGAGAUAAAAAUUUAUUCAACUAGUGAUCUUACUGAAAGGAAUAGCGAACAGUUAUAUCAAGAUAUAAAUACUUUAAUAACCAAUAAGAGCAUAACUAGUUUAAUGUAUUAUAACAGUACGGCGUCUUUAGAUUCUGAAUAUGGCGCUAAAAUAUUAGUAUUAGGAUAUAUAGAUAUGGUAUCUUUAGAAUUUCUAUGUUCUAAUGUUGGAAUCUUUCAAGCACCUUUCACAUUAACAACUGAACGAUGGAUAUAUUUUGGAACUUUUAUAAGUAUUAUUCUUGAAGAUAUACCUCAAUUGGUGACUGGAUUUAUACCAGUUCAACCUCCUGCAGUAAGGAAUAAGUUUAGAGAAAGUGAUAGCAUUAUCAGUACUGGUAAUGGAGGAGGUAACAUUCGAAGACAAUCAUUUUUAGCUCCACCAUUAUCAAUUAAUUCUAGUAAUCCUGGUAAUCCCGGUGAAGAUGUAAUAAUAGUUCCAGGAUCUCCGGGGAUUGGAGUCGGAAGUGCGAAAUUUAAAUGA